AUGGCUACCUUGUCAAUUUCUUUCUUAUUUUCCAUGGUACUCUUGCUUCCUCACUCAACAAGAAGCACAACUCCAGUUUGCGACAAGAGAUAUUGCGGAAGCCCUGAUCGGGAACUUCCUAUUGAGUUCCCUUUCCAAUUAAUAGAAGGCAAUAAUCAAAGCAAUCGAUGUGGGUACCCAGGGUUUGAUGUUUUGUGUAAUGAUAGGAAGCAGAAAUUGCUUAAACUCUCACAGGAAAUAGGAGAAUUCGUUGUCAACUACAUAUCCCUUGAGAAGCAAAGAAUUUGGAUUAACGACCCCGAUGCGUGUCUCCCUAGAAGGUUAAUGCAAAACAUGGACCUCAAUGAUUCACCUUUCCGAUGGGACAAGGACAGUUAUGAUAAUUUUGAAAAAUUAACCACUCUCAACUGCACGAAAUUAGCAGCGAAGUUAAUAGUUGAGGGGAUAUUAUAUCCUAUACCCUGCCUAAGCAAUAACAAUUAUUCGAUCACGUAUGCGUUGAACUCGUCUCUGGAUUCGUGGAAAUCAUCGUGCAAUGAGAUUGGCUUUGCAUUGGUUCCAGUUAAAGAUCAUUCCAAAGAUUCAUCCAUAAUCGAGGAGGGACUUUACUCUGAUAUCAUGUUGCAAUGGAAUACACCUCUGUGUGAAUGUGAAGCAGACCAACGUUGUGGCUUUUUAACGGAUACGGGUCUUACCGUUACUUGUUACAACUUUACUAGCCCGGGUGGAAGUCCCCCAAUUUCUCGCCCUGGGCCUAGGAGAGUCAUUUUCUUUCUAGUCUGGGGAAUAACUGGAUUCCUGUUCUUCUUCUAUUGGAUAGUUUUAUCUGUGUUUAGAAGGAGGAGGCAUAGCCAGCAACGAUGGACAAACAUAGAAUCAAAUAUCCGGGAACCCCCUGGGGUAGUGGUGGUGCUUGAUGGAUCAAGGAUAGAACAAUAUCCAAAGUUCCAACUAAAUGAAAGUGGACAAUUUAACGACUCAUCCAUCGACAAAGUAUGUUCAAUAUGUCUUGGUGAGUACAAGCCCAUGGAGACAUUAAGGAGCAUGCCCCAGUGCAAUCACUAUUUUCAUGUCCAUUGUAUAGAUGCUUGGCUCAAGAUGAAUGCUACCUGCCCCUUAUGCCGAAAUGAGCCAGAGGGAUCUGUUUUGGUUACCUCUUCCUUGCCUCCUUCUACAGCUUCACAUGAAUCACCAGCAUAA